AUGACUCAAAAUUCACCUCUUGUCGCCGUGGUCGGUAGCACUGGGACCGGAAAAUCGCGCCUGUCAAUCGAACUUGCUAUCGCUCUGCGCGCUGGAAUUGGAAGCGUCCUCGGAUCCUGGAAAAACUCCAAAAUUAUUAAUGCAGACGCUAUGCAAGUGUAUAAAGGUCUCGAUCUUGUUACGAAUAAAGUCACCGAGUCGGAGAUGAAUGGAAUUGAACACACAUUGUUUGAUUUUCGGGAUCUGGACCAUGAAUAUGUUAUUACGGAAUGGGUCACGGACGCAACAGCAGAGAUCAGCACGGCCCAUGCAAACAAUCAGUUACCUAUUGUGGUUGGAGGGACUACUUACUGGGUGCAGCACUUGCUGUUCGCUAACGGAUUAACAUCCCUCAAAGAUUCAAUACAUGAUCCUGUGCACGAAUCGUCGAUUUCGACCUCUUUAAUCGAUCUUCCGUCUUCAUUACAACAGCUCUUUAAUAACCUCCCUCCGCGAGGAGAUGGCGUUGACGAGACUAUGGCUUUCGAUCUGCACAAUCUGCUUUCUCAUCUUGAUCCUGUCACGGCAACCCGAUGGCAUUGGAAAGACACUAGAAAAAUGCCUAUGAAGCACAACUCGAUCCUAUUUCAAGGCAAGUACCAUGCUACGUUCUGCAUGCAUUACCAACGUAUAUUUAGAUACCCGGCAAUCGUAUUUUGGCUGUACAUGGAUCCCAAUCAUUUGAAUCCUAUACUUGACGCUCGCAUCGACAAAAUGGUAGAGCUCGGUCUCAAAAAUGAAAUUGAAGCGAUGCGAAAGGUUAUAUCCAGCGCUGAAAACAGAGGCCAAAUGACUGGGUUAAACCAAGCCAUUGGCUCUCCGCCUCCGCCUCCACCUACCACCCACCACCUCGACCCCGCCCACGACCCCUUCCUCCACGACCCCUCCCGGAGCCUCCGCCCCCGCCUCUCCCACGCUGCACAACGUUGUGGGAGCCAGUCCACCGCUUCCCCCUCUUUACCAGAGGUGCCGCCUCCACCCCGCCCGCGACCCCUGCCCCCUCUUGAUUUCUUCGGGGUCUCGGGCGAUUUGAUCGCCCCGGGUAUAGCGAUAACGCCCGCGGGAAGAGACGCAGCAGAAGUAGGAGCAACAGCACUUGGGGUCGGGGCUGAGGCGGGUGCAGGCGUAGACUCGCUGCAGGUGCACCAGAAGCAGAAGGUUCACGCUGCUUGCCUCCUUUCCGCCCUGGAGGAGCACCACCACCCAACGCAGCCAAUACGCGUGCAUUAA